GAACAUCUCUGGUCUCUGAAGCGAAGGGAAGAGUCCUCACUAUCCCAACCCCCUCUCUGUAUCUCUCUCUAUAGUCCUCCUCCGAUCGAAUCUCCGAUCGCCGUCGUUUUCUCCGGAACUGCAUCGAUAUCGGGAAAAAUGGCCAACGCUGUGUCUGGUAUGGCUGUGCAUGACGAAUGCAAGCUAAAGUUUCUGGAGUUGAAGGCAAAGCGGACUUACCGCUUCAUUGUCUUCAAGAUCGAGGAGAAGCAGAAGCAAGUCAUCGUUGAGAAGCUCGGUGAGCCAUCCCAAAGCUAUGAGGAUUUCACCGCCAGCCUCCCUGCCGAUGAAUGCAGAUACGCUGUCUAUGAUUUUGAUUUCGUCACAGCCGAGAACUGCCAAAAGAGCAGGAUCUUUUUCAUCGCAUGGUCACCGGACACGUCGAGGGUGAGGAGCAAGAUGAUAUACGCGAGCUCGAAAGACAGGUUCAAGAGAGAACUUGACGGAAUUCAAGUGGAAUUGCAAGCCACCGAUCCUACCGAGAUGGGCCUCGACGUGAUCCGUAGCCGUGCCAAUUGAAAAUCCCCGAAACCCUAAACCAUUUUCUAUGUUAUGUUCUUAAAGAGCGGGUAUUAUUUCUCCUCUGGUAGAAUUGUUACGACUAAGCUCCGCUCUUCACUACAAUAUUUACCUUAUGGUUAUUAUACAUCUAUCCUAGAGUUGAUAUUCUCUACCAAUAUCUUGGAACUUUGUUACUAUCCAUAAUUCCAUAUGUGCUCUCUUUACAUUAUAUCAUUAUUAUGUUCA